UGUUUCCAAGCUGAUGGACAAGGGAUUACAUGACCAGCAACUGAGUGUGAAUGAGACAAGGCUUCAAACAUGCAGCUGCUUCUGAUUCUGGCUCUGUGGCUGGUCCCCCUGGCCCAACCCCUGGACCCACCGCCAUUGACCAUCCAGUACCGGGUUUGGGAGGAGCAACUGAGCGGGUCCAAAGUGGGCCAGCUCUCAGACGAUCUGCGGCAGAGGGGCGAGGCCGGGGUUCUGGAGGACUUCCGGAUUGUGGAGCAAGGUCAGUCCCUCCCCUUCAAGGUGGGAGUGCAGGACGGCACUGUGUCCACAGUGGGCCAGUUGGACCGGGAGGAGCUCUGCAGGAACUCAAACUUGUGUGAGAUCCUCUUCAGCGUCCUCUACAGGAGGGACGGCGUGGUCCACUUUUUGCGUGUCCGAGUGGAGGUGCUGGACCUUAACGACCACAGCCCCGUCUUCCCAAACGAGGAGCAGGAGGUGGAGAUCUCAGAGACGGCCACCCUGCGGAUGCGCAUCCCACUGGACAGGGCCGUGGACCCUGAUGCCGGGCCCAACGGCCUGCAGACGUACUCCCUGUCUUCCAACCAACACUUCGCCUUGGACGUGAAGAACCCCUCGGCUGGCCCCAAGCAGGCAGAACUGGUGGUCAUCAAAGAACUGGACCGGGAGGUACAGUCCUCAUACGAGCUUACUCUGGUGGCCUGGGACAAGGGAAAUCCCCCCAGGUCAGGAAGCACACUGGUCAAAGUCAACGUCUUGGACUCCAAUGACAACAGCCCUGUGUUCGAGGAGAGCACGCCCACAAUUGAGCUGAGUGAAGAUACCGUCCGGGGAACUGCUGUCAUCCGCCUGAAGGCCACGGAUCCUGACCAGGGGGCCAAUGGGGAGAUUGAAUACUCCUUCAGUAAACACGCCCCUUUGGAUGUACAAAGACUCUUCAACAUUGACCCGAAGACAGGAGCAGUGAUGCUGAUGGGGGCGCUGGACUUCGAGGCGAAACCCGCCUAUGAAAUUGACAUCCAGGCCCGGGAUUUGGGCCCCAAUGCCAUCCCCUCCCACUGCAAACUGCAUGUCAAGGUAAAGGAUGUGAACGACAAUGCCCCCAGGAUACACAUCACAAUACCGCCCGACUCUCCUGUAGCCACCGUGUCAGAGGACGCGGCAGAGGAGACGUUCCUGGCGUUGGUCAUGGUCUCCGACGCAGACUCGGGGGAGAACGGCGAGGUGCAUGUCCACAUACAGCACAACACGGGCAAUUUUCGCCUCAAGAGGAUUCAUGGUGACAAUUACAUGAUUGUCACUAACAGUACCCUAGACCGGGAAAAGAAGAUGGAAUACAACCUUACCCUGGUGGCCAGAGACCAUGGCAAGCCUCCCCUCUCCUCCAUCAGACAUCUACCUGUCCACGUCCUGGAUGAGAACGACAAUGCGCCCGUCUUCACUCAGGCUCACUAUAGAGCCAUCGUGUCAGAGAACAACUCACCGGGCCUCCCCCUCCUGGAGGUCCAGGCCCACGACAUUGACCUGGAACUUGGAGGACAGGUCUCCUACUCCAUCAGGGAGUCCAAUGAUCUCAGCACUCCGACAGCCUCCUUCUCCAUUGACCCAUCAAGUGGCGCUGUCUUCACCGAGCAGGCCCUGGACUAUGAGGAGUCUCACACCUUCUCCUUUAUCGUGGAGGCCACAGAUCAAGGCCAACCGCCCCUCACCAGCAGUGCCACGGUGAUCGUCGACGUCCAGGACGUCAACGACAAUUACCCCGUCCUCGAGGACCCACUGCCUAAGAAGGGGAAAGCCUCUUUGAGUGUGCCUGUGAAUGCAGAGAGGGGAGAGAUUGUGGCAGAGCUCGGGGAUAAGCCCAAGGACACACACAAUAGUCUCUUUGAGCUCUCCGCUGAUAUGAGCAAUCACUCCGUGCACAUCAGGCCGGAAGGCUACCUGGCCGGAACAAUCAGAGCCAGCGAUGCAGAUUCCGGCUUGAAUGGGAGACUCCGUUUCCAAAUAGUGAGCGGAAACUCCGCCGGAUUGUUCUGGCUGGAUGACUCCACGGGACAGCUCUAUGUAAACACCAGCAACGCAACUGAGCUGAUUGACAAGAAAUUUGAGUUCGACAUCAGCGUGUCGGACAUGGGAUCUCCUGCGCUGGUCACCACAGUGACCCUGGAAGUGACCUUCAUAAACCUCCUGGACCACCUGAAGAACUCGUCCCCAGGUCAGAGGGGUCAGCUCAGCUUCACCAUGAUGCUUGCAAUCUGCCUUGGGGCUACCUGCCUGCUCCUCCUCCUGGCGGUUGCCCUGGUGACCACCUUCUGUCGCCCUGAGAAACGGGACAACCAUGCCUACAACUGCAGGCAGGCGGAGUCGACCUACACCCGCCAUCCACGGCGCCCUCAGAAGCAGAUCCAAAAGGCCGACAUCCAGCUGGUGCCGGUCCUGCGAGGGCGGAGGGAGGGCUCCCUGGAGGCGGAGGCCCGGCCCCUUACGUCCGUGACCCCGGAACCAGAGGAGUCCUUCCCGCCUGGACCGUUCCACCUCUCCCCGUCCCUCAGCCGGACAGUCCGGAACCAGAGCUACCCCGAGGAGCACUCGACCCUCCCCCUGAGCCAGGGCCGGACUCUGCGCAAGCCCGGCAGUGUGGAGCUGAACGGAACCCUCCCGCGAACCCCCGCCGCGCCGUACCGGACCCUGCGGAGGGCGAGGAACUCGGAGUCCUCGUCGUCGCUGUCCCAGACGGGCACGCUCAGGCGGCACGGGGGCUCCGAGGCGCGGCUGGAGGACGCGGCGGUCGACGGCCCCGGGUCCCCGCAGACGUGCACGCUGAGGAGGCAGAGACACGGCCAGGCGGGAGAGGACCACCGCCAGAUCCUGAGGAAUCUGGUGCGGCUGUCCAUGGCCGCCUUCGGGGAGAACAACCCCAUCGAGCUGUCGGCUGCCUCCCCUGAGGUGCAGCAGGUUUCCCAGCUGCUCUCCCUCCUGCACCAGGGGCAGCUCCAGCCCAGACCCAAUUUCCGUGGGAACAAGUACUCACACAGAGCUGGCAGGUCUGGGAUGCAGGAUGCUGACUGGCUGAGCACGAAGGACAGCGGACACGGCGAGAGUGAGAUGGGAGACAUGGACUGGGACGUGGGCCGAGAGUCCCCCAUCGACCCCCUGCUCGGCGAAGGCCUUCACAGCCAGAUCACAGACGACGUGUUUUCGGACUUCCCCGACCCGGAGUGGAUGGCGCGCCUCUCCCUCCCUCUCUCCGCCGACUACCACGAGAACGUGUUCGUGCCCGAGGGCCCGGCGUCGAUCGACAGCAGCGGCCCUCCGGCGGAAAGCUCCGGAGACUCCGCCAGCUUCUCCACGUUCGGCAAGUCCCCGGAGAAGGGCGGGGCCCUGCCCGGCAGCCUGCUGUCGGAGGUCAGCACGCUGUUCGAGAUGCUGCUCACCCAGAAGGCCGACGCCCAGCCCCGCACCUCCGCCGAGGUGCUCUACCGCCUGUCCGCGGCCUACCGGCGUUCCAUGGGCCUGGACUCCGCCGGGGCCGAGAAACGAGCCCCCACCAUGCACUGCUCCGCCCUGGACUCCCACAACCAGCAUCUGAACUGAGGGGGGGGGGGGGGGGCAGAGCAGAACUUUCCGGAAUCUUGUUUCGGUUGGCUCCCUGACAGUUACAUGAUUUGUAUUAUCACCCUCUGGUAGCUAGGUUUGAAUGAACUAAUAGACCUCCCCCGGGCAGGAACCCACUCCCCCCCCCUCCUCUAACAGCCACUCCAGGCGCGAUCAAACACCUGUCUGGAACAGGUCAGGGAAAAUAUAAUAAGCUCAUGUGUAGGAAUUUUUGCAGCAGCUCGUUUCCUAAUUUACUGAAGACUUGAGGUUGGGGCGGAAGUGCUGAGAAACAAAUGCGAAGCCUCAUUUUUCAGGCUCCUCCUCGUCCAGACACAAAAUGGACGGUUUCGCUGUCCUGCAGAUGCUGGUAUUCUGUGCGUCUCUGCUGUCUGUGCUCCUAUCAAAAGGUGGCUAACCUGACUGAACUGCAAAUUAUUGUUGGAAAUGGUGGCCAACCUGACUAAACUGCAAAUUCUUGUUGGAAACGCUGGCUAACCUGACUGAACUGCAAAUUCUUGUUGGAAACGCUGGCUAACCUGACUGGACUGUACAUUAUUAGCUCUGCAGCCAUUGUGAACACAUACGCCCGUUUCCUCAUGAAUCUAAUGUUUAUGCUGCAGAGGAAGCCUCGCUUUUGUUUCCAGAGACAAAGCAACAUCCAUCGCAGUCGCCCCCUGCUCCCAAGGACAAGCAUGUGAGAUUACAGCAACAAUAGGCCUCCACGGUAUUCCCAAACUUCCCAAGCCCCAGACGGCAGCAUGAAUGGAGGGAGGAAAGAAGCUUGUUUUGGGAAUUCUGUUUUUUUUUUUUUUUUCAAUAUGCUCUGAUAAAUACUACUGCUAAAACAAUGGCAUAUUCUUUUAAAACAAAGGCGAUGGAUAUCUUACCGAAUGCCUUGGAAUGAGUAAAUAAACACGGUGGCUCGAGGCUCUAAGUGGACUUGAAGCUGUAAGUUAUUGAUUGAGGCAGGAAGUGUUUCUGUGGGAAGGAGACCAUGUGAUGCAGGAUGUUCAGUUGUGCCAUAAACCAAACUGACAGCACUUUGUACAUAACUUUUUAAUAAAAUUAUCACACAA